UCAAGUCAUCUCAGAUUUAUUGUCUAGUGACAAAAUUUUCACCUGUAAAUAUUUGGCUCUUAGAACAAAAUUAUUUCAAUAUUGUGUGUUUUAAAUACACCUUUUUUUUAAUUCCGAAAGUAUGAACAAGGAAAAAGAAGAUUGGGAGGUUUUCGAGGAGCGGCAUAAGCCGGUUCCAGAAUUCGGAUUCUUUCGCAAACAGUCGGAACUAAUGAUUAUGCUACCGGAAGUGGCCAAGCUUCAUGAGGUCUUCGACAUGUUUGCAAUGUUCGGAAAGGAAGCGGGUGUUUGUGGUUCAAAUGCUGCAUCCCGCAUAAGUGUUUCGGACAUGCCCGACUGUCUACGCUCCAUGGGAUUGAAUCUUAGUGAUCAGUGGCUUGCCGCUCGGUUGGAUGAGCAUAUGCAUCGGCGCGAGGCACUGGGUCUUCUGGGAGCACCAGUGAGUCAGAGGGUCUCCUUCGAGUUGAUCCUUACCCUUUACUGUCAGAUGGCGGAUCAGAAUGAAGGUCCCUCGGCGGAGGAGGUGAUGCGUGCUCUGCGCACUUUGGAUCCAGAUGGUACUGGAAAGCUGUCCUACUCCGAGCUGCAUCGCCUGCUGAUUAGCAUGGGAGAGCGUCUCGAAGAGUCGGAGGUUUUUGGUCUACUGAAUCGGGUUUCCGAUGCCGAUGGCAAUGUGCCCUAUGAGCAACUGGUACGUGAAAUGUUUGGCAAGGAAUCCGGGUCAGAGGAGACACUGAACCAGGCCAAGAUCUAUCUUCAGGCUGUCGGUCGCAAUGCCAUUGAUAUGGAUAUGGCCAAGAGGGAUGAGUUCAUUGAUGCCUUGCGGCGUGCUGAUCCGCUAAACAGUGGCUUCAUCGAGAUCCCAAGUCUUUUGGCUUUGGUAAACCGAAGAAGGAAGUGUUUUACCUUGGAAGAGCUACAGGUGCUCACCGAGGGCAUGGAGGACACCAAGAGCUCUCGUGGCAUUAACUAUCGCCGCUUUCUGCGUUCAAUCAUGAAUGAGUAAAAACCUAUACAAAAGUAAAAUCAUUAAAUGAAGCCAUAAGAUGGAUUAAAUAUAUGUACUUACUGCUUUUCCUUCA